AUGCAGGAUAUACCUAUUGUGGAUCUUGUGCAGCCCAUGCUUACAAACAAGUGGAUCCUAAUAUUACCCGAAAAAUUUUCAUUCUUGGGCCUUCCCAUCACGUGCCCCUUUCCCGAUGUGCACUUUCCAGUGUGGACAUUUAUAGAACACCUCUGUAUGAUCUCCGAAUUGACCAAAAGAUUUAUGGAGAAUUGUGGAAGACUGGAAUGUUUGAGCGUAUGUCCCUACAGACAGAUGAAGAUGAACACAGUAUUGAAAUGCAUUUGCCUUAUACUGCUAAAGCCAUGGAAAGGUCAGAGGUUCCGUUACAGUUACUAUGAUGAAUCCCAAGGAGAAAUUUAUAGAUCCAUUGAGCACCUAGAUAAAAUGGGUAUGAGCAUUAUAGAGCAGCUAGAUCCUGUAUCUUUUAGCAAUUACUUGAAGAAAUACCAUAAUACAAUAUGUGGAAGACAUCCUAUUGGUGUAUUAUUAAACGCUAUCAACGAGCUCCAGAAGAAUGGAAUGAAUAUGAGCUUUUCAUUUUUGAAUUAUGCUCAGUCAAGCCAGUGUCGAAACUGGCAAGACAGCUCAGUGAGUUACGCAGCUGGAGCACUUAUGGUCCACUGAACCGCGGAAUGCUCAGGGAUGGCACCUGCACACACUCUGUAUAUGGGGUCCCAGCCUAGCCCUUAACAAAGAUACAGUCCCUGGUCUUUGGGUAUACUGAAACCUCAAACUAAUAGAACUCUCUUCUUUUCUAGUAGGUGUAGUCCUUCCUUAGUUUCAACUCAUUUAAAAAUGCUUUCUUGUUUAGGACAAUGGAAGGAAGGCUGGUAUUGAAACACUUUGAUUUUUAUUUUUAUUUUUUAUUUUUGGAAAAGAGAAUGGCUAUGAAGGCAUGGUGGCAGACAGUCCUUACAAAUACAACAUGUAAAGCAUUUACCAUAUCUUAAAUUUGCACUCUUUGCAGACCUGUGCACAUGUACUCAGCUUUCAGAAUAGUUUUGCAAGUUGUAAACGGAAAAAGGGGUGGAAGCUUUUUAAUAAAAGAAAAAAAGGAAAACAACGCAUUUAUAAAUGAUCCUGUAUUAGAAUAUAAUAAAACUCCAGUAUAGUCAGUUACUACCCGUGAUGUACAACAGAUAUCUUCUAUUUUAGUUGCUAAUAAAGGGCUACACAAACCAAAA